AUGAUGCUAGGAGGAUGGUGCUGCCAAGGAGACCUGUUUGAAUGUGACCAGAAAGGUCUCCAGGUCAUCAUCGAGCCCUAUCUUGGUCAGACAUAUGGGUAUAUCAGGGAUGCUCUACCCUGGGGCCAGGUGUCCUGGCAGCUGCAGCACAGCAGUGAUCUGUUACAGGCAUUGCUGCUGCAGCUCCUGAUGCUGGGACCCCAAUUCUCGAAUCAGCUGCUGCUGUUUGUUGCCCAGCUGUUGGAGGAGCUUCUGUUGCUGGGCAGCCUAUUGCUGUUGAUGGCCCUUGGCAAGCCACUUUAUCGACUUCUCUUUCUCCAUCAGGGCUUGGAAAAAAGGGAGCAGUUAUCAAGUGGUGAGUGGAAAGCCCAGAUAGCUGCCAGAUGGAUUUUGACGGAACUAAUAGCAAGACCUGUUGUUUCAGGUAUACAAGCUAGUCCAAUACCUGAUGGAUGGAAGCUGGGAGUGGGGAAACACCUUUCUGCUGGGACCAGAUGGAGAAUUUCUUCCAUUUUGCCAGAUAAAGAUGCCACAUCAAUCACCAUGAGGAAUGACGUCCUCUCUGCACAGAAUUCGUACAAAGAUGAUGACAGUGAAGAGUCCAGAAGUGCAGAAGAUAAUGCUAUGCUACGUUCAGACAAGGGUUCAUGUUCUACCUGGGGUGCAGGGCAUUUCUCCACCUUUGAUAAUUAUUUGUAUGACUUCUCUGGGACUUGCAACUACAUCUUCACCACCGUAUGCGAUGAUGUUAGCCCAGACUUCAACAUCCAGUUCCGCCGUGGAGUGAACAAGAAAAUUACAAGAAUCAUCAUUGAGUUGGGAGCUGUGGUCAUCAUGGUUAAAAAGAACGUCAUUGUGCUCAAGGAUGUUGGUAUCAUCAAGUUGCCAUAUACCAGCAAUGGAAUCCAAAUUGCACCUUUUGGACGCACCGUCCGCCUGGUGACCAAACUGAUGGAGAUGGAGCUGGAAGUUGUCUGGAACAAUGUUGACUAUCUCAUGGUUACGGUUGAGAGAAAAUAUAUGAGAAAAACUUGCGGAAUGUGUGGGAAUUUUGAUGGACAGGAAUUAAAUGAGUUUCUGAGUGAAGGUAAAUUGCUGGAUGCAUACCAGUUUGCCACUUUACAGAAAAUUGAUGACCCAUCAGAGAUCUGCCCAUCUGAGGAGAUGGCAAUUCCCAAUAUUCCUCGCAAAAAAUAUGCCAGGAUCUGCUCCCAGCUACUCAACCUUGUGUCUCCAGCUUGCAACGUGUCCAAGAAAGCGUUUGUCAUCCGUUGUCAGCUUGAUAUGCAGGACUGUAGCAAUCCAGGGCAAAGAAACUGUACUUGUGCUACACUGUCAGAGUACUCUAGGCAAUGUACCAUGUCCCACCAAGCAGUCUCUGAUUGGAGGAGUGCAGACUUCUGCUCUGUAGGAAAAUGUUCAGCAGACCAAAUCUAUAAGGAGUGUGGUUCUCCGUGUGUUAAAACCUGUUCCAACCCAGAGUACAGCUGUUCCAGUUACUGUACAUAUGGUUGCUUCUGCCCAGAAGGCACUGUUCUUGAUGACAUCUCAAAAAAUCGAACAUGUGUUCCCAUUGACCAGUGCCCAUGUACACUGAAUGGGGAGAAAUAUGAUCCUGGCGUUACCAUGAAAGCAACAUGCAGGAGCUGUAAAUGUACAAUGGGUCAGUGGAACUGCAAUGAACUACCCUGCCCAGGAAGAUGUUCCCUGGAGGGAGGCUCCUUUGUCACCACAUUUGAUUCCAGGUCAUACCGGUUCCAUGGAGUCUGCACAUAUAUCCUCAUGAAGAGUCCCAGCCUUCCAUACAAUGGAACCCUGAUGGCUGUGUAUGAUAAGUCUGGUUACUCUCAUUCUGAAACAUCAUUGACUGCUAUAAUUUACCUUUCUGCAAAGGACAAAAUUGUGAUUUCUCAAAAUGAACUUCUCACUGAUGAUGAUGAACUCAAGUGGCUACCUUAUAGAUCAGGUGACAUCACCAUUUUCAAACAGUCCUCCACCCACAUUCAAAUGUAUACCACCUUUGGACUGGAGCUAAUAGUUCAAACUCAGCCAGUGUUUCAGGCCUAUAUAAAAGUUGGACUUCUCUUCAAAGGCAGAACCCUAGGGUUGUGUGGCAAUUAUAAUGGAGACACUACAGACGACUUCAUGACCAGCAUGGAUAUUAUUGAAGGAACAGCAGGCCUGUUCGUGGACUCCUGGAGAUCAGGGAACUGCCACCCUGCUGCAGAGAGGGACACAGAUCCUUGCUCUAUGAGUCAAUUGAACAAAAUGUCUGCCGAGACCCAUUGCUCCAUUCUUACGAAGAAGGGCACGGUGUUUGAGAAAUGCCAUUCUGUGGUGAAUCCUGCUCCUUUUUACAAGAGAUGCAUCUACCAAGCCUGUAACUAUGAGGAGACCUUUCCUUAUAUUUGUUCUGCCAUGGGAUCUUAUGCAAGAGUGUGUGCUUCAAUGGGGCUGAUCCUUGAAAACUGGAGGGACACUGUAGACAACUGCACCAUUUCCUGUACUGGCAAUCAGACGUUCAGCUACCACACUGAAGCCUGUGAUAGAACAUGCCUGUCACUUUCCGACCAAACCCUGGAAUGUUAUCCUACUGACAUCCCUAUUGAUGGCUGCAACUGUCCUAAAGGUACCUACUUGAACCACAGAAGUGAAUGUGUGCGUAAAUCCAUGUGUCACUGCUACCUGGAAGAUAAGAGGUUCAUCCUGCCUGACCAGUCAACUAUAAUUGGUGGCAUUACCUGCUAUUGUAUUAAUGGAAAGCUGAGUUGCACUGGCAAACCUCAGGACCCUGCAGAAAACUGCAAGCCUCCUAAAAAAUAUGUGUCAUGUUCACAGAAUUCAGAGAACAAAUAUGGAGCCUCCUGUUCCCCUACCUGUCAGAUGCUGGCCACUGGAAUUGAAUGUGUACCCACUAGGUGUGAAUCAGGCUGUGUCUGCACUGAUGGGCUAUAUGAGAAUCUAGAUGGAAUGUGUGUACCACCUGAUGAGUGUCCCUGUGAAUAUGGUGGCAUCUCUUAUAAAAAAGGGGAAGAAAUCCACACCGAAUGCAAAACCUGCACCUGUACAAGAGGCAAAUGGAAAUGUGUUCAGAAAUCUAGAUGCUCCUCAACAUGUACCCUCUAUGGAGAAGGACAUGUCACCACUUUUGAUGGACAGCGCUUUGUGUUUGAUGGCAACUGCGAAUACAUACUAGCUACGGAUGGUUGCGGUAUGAACAGCUCUCACUCUACCUUUAAAAUUGUGACCGAGAAUGUCAUCUGUGGGAAAUCAGGGGUCACCUGCUCCAGGUCCAUCAAGAUCCACCUUGGGAAUAUGACACUUAUACUGGCAGAGGGAACCUACCUUGUAUAUGGGGACAAUCCUCUGACACAAUUCCACGUGAAAAAGAAUGCCCUUCACCUGAUGUUCGAUAUCAUUAUCCCAGGAAAAUACAACAUGACUCUUAUCUGGAACAAGCACAUGAAUAUUUUCAUCAAGAUCUUCAGAGAAGCACAGGAUCACCUCUGCGGUUUGUGUGGGAAUUACAAUGGGAACAUGAGAGAUGACUUUGAAACCCGAAGCAAAUACGUGGCAGCAAAUGAACUGGAGUUUGUAAAUUCUUGGAAGGAAAAUCCUAUGUGUGGGGACGUGUUCUUUGUAGUUGAUCCCUGUAGCAAGAACCCUUAUCGUAAAGCUUGGGCAGAGAGGAAGUGUUCCAUCAUCAACAGCCAGGUCUUUGCUCCAUGUCACAGUAAGGUAUACCGUAUGCCUUAUUAUGAUGCCUGUGUCCGAGACUCCUGUGGGUGUGACACUGGAGGAGACUGUGAAUGCAUGUGUGAUGCCAUUGCAGUGUAUGCCAAGGCAUGCUUAGAUGUGGGUGUCUGCAUUGACUGGAGAGCCCCAGAGUUCUGUCCUGUCUAUUGUGACUACUACAACACACACCAAAAGUCAGGCAGUGAGGGCACCUACAGCUACAAUUACUGGGAUGAACAAAAUUGCACCUGGCAUUACCGACCUUGUAAUUGCCCGCAACAAAACUACAAAUAUGUCAACAUUGAAGGCUGUUACAACUGCUCGCAUAAUGAAUACUUUGAUCACGAGGAGAGACAGUGCAAGCCUUGCAGACCGCAUGAGCCCAUCAGGACGACCCCUGAAACCUCUACACCUUCAACAGUAACGACAACGGUACAAACUAAAACACCAAGAAGCACUACUACAGUUGAAACACCAACUACUACCAUAUCACCAACAGCCACUCCAUCCACAGGGUUCACCAUGCACACUAUUUUAAGCACUACACCAACCACCCUAUCUACUACAAAAGUAACCAUAAAAACAACACCUAUCACAAUCAAAUCCACUACUCACUCCAUACCAGUAACCACUAUUACGAAAAAGACAACACUGUCAACUACCCCAAUCGUAACAUUAACUGAGAUUACUACACCAAUAACCACCACCAAAACAACCAUAUCACCAACCUCAGAAACACCAAUCACCCCUACAGUCAUCUCAACAACCGUAACUAAGAUGGUAGAAACCCCAACACCAAGAAGUACCAGGAAAACAACACCAACCACAUCUGUCUCUACAACGUCCAAAACCACGGCGUCAACAGAGUCCAGCCCAACCUCCUCACCAAAAACAAGUCGAAGAAGCACAACUCUGACAACGACUACGCCUCCCACCCACUCUACCGAAACCACUACAACCGCCACACCAGCUACACCCACAACCCACACUCUCACCACGACUACCUUGUCCACUAGCUCACCGGAGAGCACAACGUCAAAGUCAACCCCGACCAUUUCCACUACCUUUACCACACCCACCACAACCACCACACCGACUCCACUCACAACCGUCACUCUGACGACGACGAUGGCCCCGACCACUACUUCACCGGAGAGCACCGCAUCUGAGACCACCAGCCCAAGCACCGUAAAAACAACUACGCUGACGACAGUUUCUCCAACAACAACCUCAACUACGUCCCCAACGAGGCCAACACCAAGAGGAAAAGAGCCAACUAAACCUACGACUCCAUCCUCACCUGUAACUAAGUCCGUAGAAACCCCAACACCAAGAAGUACCAGGAAAACAACACCAACCACAUCUGUCUCUACAACGUCCAAAACCACGGCGUCAACAGAGUCCAGCCCAACCUCCUCACCAAAAACAAGUCGAAGAAGCACAACGCUGACAACGACUACGCCUCCCACCCACUCUACCGAAACCACUACAACCGCCACACCAGCUACACCCACAACCCACACUCUCACCACGACUACCUUGUCCACUAGCUCACCGGAGAGCACAACGUCAAAGUCAACCCCGACCAUUUCCACUACCUUUACCACACCCACCACAACCACCACACCGACUCCACUCACAACCGUCACUCUGACGACGACGAUGGCCCCGACCACUACUUCACCGGAGAGCACCGCAUCUGAGACCACCAGCCCAAGCACCGUAAAAACAACUACGCUGACGACAGUUUCUCCAAAGACUACGACAACUAAGUCCACAUCGAGUCCAACACCAACAGGUACACAAACCUCCGCUAUAGCAGAUUAAAGCCCAUUCUUCUGGGAAGUGUAUGGUGUAAACACCGCAUUUUUCCCCUUCUGUCUAACUUGCUUUUUCUCACAACACAAAGCUCACACUUCCAAUAUAUCCCACCUCCUUUUCAGAUUCUUAAUCAUUAGGAAUGCAUAGCUCCUUGUAGCUAUUUCACUCAGACUAAUUCCUGGGUACGGACACAGAGGGCAAUCCACCCGCUUCAUUCCAGCGCAAUCCAGUCUCUCUACCUUCCUGAGAAAGGCACAUACUGAAAACCAUUUCCUCUCAAUGGGGCUGAAAGAAAACAGACCCAGAGAGUUUUACGUGGGUUGCAGAUACGAGUCAAACAAUCUGGGUGCUUUCUCUCUCAUUGAUGCACUCCAGUCCAUGAAAUUAUGUUUUCCAGUUCGGCCAACUGAACAGCCAUGGUGGAUGGUUUGAUCAGGCCCACUUUCUUUACUCACACUGACAGGAUUCAAACUUUAUUCUUUUCUUUACCCUCUUGCUUUGCAUGAAAAGACUCACCUAGACAUACUACUCCUGUCUCAAGGGGAGAGUUUGUCAAUCGGUGGGUAAAAUCAGAAUUCUAGAUCAGCCUUCCUCACCUGCUUUGAUUUUAGCCCCUCAAAAUGAUUCAAACUGUCCCGCCCCACUACUAUCCCACCCAAUAAACCCCCUUCAAAGGUGUGG